AGCUGAUGCCAAGGCAAGAGUCCCACAUCACACAGAUGAAUAGCCGGUCUGUUCCAGCAGCUGUGUUUUCCCUCCCACCGGGCAAAGGCACUGGAGAAUCCAAAAAGCGGCAGACUUGAUCUCUUCUACAGGCUCAAGAGGACUGAAAAGAAAACCCGGGAGGCCAAAGGAUGGGAUCAGAAGGAGAGAUGAUCAACCUUCAUCACUUCUUUCAGAUUGCAAAGCUUAUCUGUGAUCUGGAAUCCUGCUGGUGUACAGUAGACUUUCAGGCAAUCCGAACUCAAGCAACUGGAACUUGCAAGUAUAUGACUGGUAAUCCUGGCUCCAGGACAGAAAAUGUCAUCAACAUAAACCGUUACGCAACUAAGAAGAGUGUGGCUGAGAGCAUGCUGGAUGUGGCCCUGUUCAUGGCCAACGCGGCACAGCUGAAGGCGGUUCUGGAACAGGGACCUUCCUUCCAAUAUUAUGCUGUCCUGACAGCUUUCAUCACCAUUUCCCUCUUCUUCCAGACAGCCAUAGGAAUACUCCUUAUUCUCAUUGCUCGACUGAACCUGAACGAUGUGGGGAAACAGCAACGUCUGGAUUUGCUCAACAACAUUACCACAAUCCUCGUCUUCAUCACAGUCAUUGUCAACAUUUUCAUUACCGCCUUUGGUGUUCAGAAGACAGGACUUUAUCCAAGUGGUUAUGGACGGAGAAUCUACUGAGCCUUGCAAGGGCUGGAGCACAUGACGGAUGAUCAAGAUUUUUUUUUAAAUGAUUUUUCUGACCUCAGACCUGAUGUUCCAUAUGUGAGAGGCAACUUUUGGGUCAACCCAGUUACAGACUUUUGAGAGGUUCUCUAUGGGGAUUCUUUCUACAAUGUGCUUGCUGCUCUGAAGAGCAGAACAUAUUUUUCUUAUUGCAGAAGCAGAACCUCAUCAUUUAAUUUAAGAUAUAAAAUAAUUGUCUCUCCCCCAAAUUCACUGUUCCUUGUUUUCCCAGCGUCCUGCAAUGAGAUCCUCAAGCAAUUAUACAAAAGGGUUUAAUACAAGGAAAAGCUGCUUUGCCAGUAGGAAAAGAGUAGCAUCAAUAGGAGCUAUUGUUUCGAAGUUUUUGAAAAAUCAGAUACAACGGCAAAUGAAUGAAAAACAUGUAAUAACUGGUUAGUAAGAAACAUUAGAAACUACCAAAAUGUGUCUCUAGAGACACUAACGUUGCAUGUGUCAGAAAGAAAAUGAUGAAUUAAAUCACCUCUUGUGAACAUACAGCAACACACCUGUUUAGAGAACAACCCUACCCAUUUUGGUUGGCUCUCCUUGUUCCCAUCACUUCAAUACAAAAAUAUAUCAACAUUAAAUAGCUUCAAGUGUGACUCCCAGAAGAUCACAUAUGGCAGGCUCCUUGGAAGGCAGGCAACCCAUUUCUUCUAAGUGUAAGCAUGAAGGAUAUCUCUAGUCUGAGUUCAGGACCAGCUAUGAGGACAUUGAGAAAUAAGGAUAUGUCACCUGGGUAACUUGUUUCUAAUUUCAAAAGGGAUCUGGACCUCAACCCACCUUCCAGUAUGGUGAAGGUGGCAUUGUGGUGGGAGAAGGGAGGAGAGUAGAAAUAGGUGAAGAAAUCGGUGAAGGGAAUGGUUCAGAAAUGGGGAAAAGUCAGGGGGCACAAAGAAAAGUACGCUCUGGCUUCACCUAUGGCUAACUUCAGCCCUACCUAUCACCGACAUGCAACUUCUGAUAGGCUACCUCCAAAGGGAUGUGUCCCUCAAAGAAGAAAAAAGGUUUUCCACCCAAGAACAUCCCAAACACCUUCAGCCAAUGAAUAGUGGUGGCACUGAGGUUCCAGUGAAGACAUGGGGCUCCCAUUGUUGACAAGGCUACCAUGUGUUAUAUCCCUGGAGCUCCACUGAGAACCCAUUUCUAUCUUACGAGCAGCAGGGAGACAGUUCUGUGCACAAAAAAGUUUUCAAUAUGGAGUCAGUGCUCCCUAAGAUCAAAUGUCUAUAUUGUGCAAUGUAAAUUUAAUCCUACUUCUAUAUGUUUUAUAUUUUUAUAUAGCAUACAACUUAGAUAAUACAAACUACCAACAAUUGGAGGUGAUGAAUUAGAUUUCAAACCUUUGCUUGUUUUAAUAAAAAAUAUUGUUCAUAGUCAUGCAAAGUAUUUUAAGGCUGCACAACUUAACCUUAGUCUUGUGUGUAGCACAGGCAAAUUCUGGUCCUCCAGGUGUUUUGGACUUCAACUCCCACAAUUACUAACAGCCUACCAGCUGUUAGGAAUUGCGGGAGUUGAAGUCCAAAACACCUGGAGGGCCAAAGUUUGUCCAUUCCUGAUGUAGCACAUUGUUUUGGAAAUAUGUUUAUUUUUUAAAUCAGCGCUGUGCUUCAUGCAAUUUUACAUUAUUUUGAAAGGACAUGCAUUGUUCCUAUCUCACUGAGAACUGGAAGAUCUUUUGCAAAUUGCAGGUAUUAUUUGCUUUCUUUUUAUUUAUUAAAGUAUAUUUAAUAAACAGGUA